UUGAGCUAACGUUCCUCGGCUAGCCGUUUGUUAGUUAGUUGCUAAAGUCAGUUUCUCUCUGGAAAACAUUUACUUGUUAGCUUAACUAUGCUACAACCAGGCAACAAAACACAGCUGUACGCAGUCUAACGCGCUGAGUAGGAUGGCGGGGGAGAGGAGCGGAGAGGAAAUAGUUUCAGAGUACCUGGGCCAGAACCCGCAGCUGGCCCAGUGGGUCGAAACUCUCAGGAGCUACUGUGAGAGCAACAAACAGUGGUUCGCUCGGAGGGAGUUUAUCUUGAGAAACAUGGAGGCUUUCCCCACAGUGGAGCCUGGAGUCCCCAGCAGCAGUCUUGACAGGCUGCUCUCUCUGUCCAUGGUCUGGGCAAAUCACGUUUUCCUCGGCUGCAGUUAUCCACAGCCUGUAAUGGACAAGAUCAAGGAUAUGGGUGAGGGGAUAGUUGUCCAAGACCCUCCAGUUCACAAAACGACAAAAGAUGGAGCCAUGGCCAAAGGAAAGCGGAGUGCCACAACUGAAGGCGAUGCUGACAGCUGUGUGAAAAGAGCCAAAUGUGGGUCUAAUGAGCCUGACAGUCGACCUCCUGGCAGGACAGCCACACGGUCAGUGAGUCAGAAAGCAGGACCUCCUCCACAAGCUCCAGCAGAGCACCAGCCCUUCUUCAACCGCCUCUACAAGGCUGUGGCAUGGAAGUUGGUCUCGGCAGGGGGCUUCGGUCCCAACCUGGACCAUUUUGAAAUACUUCGUAGCUGUGUAGAGUCAUGUAAACAGACCCUGACCUCCGUGUUUGUGCCACUGAAAGACAUCACAGGCCUCCCUGCAGGUCGCACACAGAAGGAAGGCCAUGUGUGUGAAAUUCGCUGUCAGACUGUCUACAUGGGCACAGGAUAUGGGCGGGAUGAGGCUGCUGCCAGAGCCAUGGCUUCCAAAGAAGCCUUAAAAGUCUUUCAGGGGCGAAAAGUGACAGUAAAGAUCUGUAGACGGAGAUACAAAGGGAAAGAUGUGGAGGAUUUGAUGUUGUUGGACGAGCAGCCUCGGAGUCAGGGCUUUCCUCCUGCGCUCAGCUACCCUUUUCUGGACGAGCAGCUGGAGGAUGGUUCUUCGUAGAGAAGACAGACUGUGACAUUUGCCCUGCUGUGAUCCCAGUCGGAGCAUCGACAAGUGGCAUUUACUGAAUGGAGCUACUGAAGGAAUUCAUAACUGUGUCAGGACCAAACUGUUAUGCAGCUGAACAUCAACUAGACUUGAGAAUCAUUAAGUACCUAGACCAUUAACUAUCAUGACACAUUUCCCACAUUACUUUAGUGUCAUAACACAGGUGAUACGUUAUUUGACAAAAAUCUGUGAUAAAUCACCAAAACAGGAAAACAAAGUCCUUAAAUCUGCAAAAAAACAAGAAUCUUAUACGGUAUUGACUACAUAUUCCACCUCUUUCAGUUUUACAAAGUUUUAUAGACAACAGUGUAACAGUUCGUGGAAUUAGAGCAUGUGCCAUCAUUUAAAAGUCAAACAGCCAUAAACUGGUAAAAAAGCUCAACUGUCAGAGGGCGAAACAGUUUAAGAGUUAAGAUAAAGGCAGCUUAAAAUGCCACCUUAAUAAAUUAGAACAUUUUACUUAUGUGAUUAUUUGUCCCAAUUUUUUUAUUUUUUAUACUCCAAACCUCACUUUGUUGCAUUUUUGGUUUGUUUAGAUUACCACUAUUCACUUACAAGGGAAACAAAAGUCACAUGAACAAACUAAUUACUUGUCUUUUACAGUUUUGAUCACCUGCCGUUCUGCCAUGGUACAGAUUUUGGCAGCAGGAUGCAGUCAAAACUAAUACAGUCACUGUAACUUUUCCUGAACAUGAUGGACUUGUCUGUUAUGUGCAUACCAGUUGAGAAUACAAACAUACCUGAAUAUUAAGUAUCAAACCAAACUUUAUUUUGAUACUUUAGUUUCUGUAACUAUAAGUGACUGUUGGAAUGUCAGAUGUCAAUAUUUUUUUAAUAUUUGUUCCCAUUAACCUAGUCAAUUUUAGGGUUGUCUCUUGAGACAGGUUGGAGUUGCAUUCCCUAAUGACCCGCACUUUAAUUGUGUUAACACAGGACUGGGCCUUGCUUGUCUUUUUUAAGCCAGAGAAAUGGUGGUGAUCCAAGUUGUUUAAUACGAGCUCCAGUCAGUCCAGUUCUUGAUUAAAACUAGGAGUUCAGUCGUAAUCUUCUGAACAGUGAUUUAACAAAUAACCACACACAGAGUUUCUGCAGUCAGAGUAAUGCAAAGUUUUGAUGGUUUGAGUUUCAUUUCACUGCAUAUGUGCAGAGUUUUCAGCUUUUGUGUUCUUUUCAAUGACUUGACCAGCUACAGUACCCAUCAUACUGUACACAGAAGUACUAACGGCUAUUGCUUUUAUUUUAAUUUAAAAUAAUUAUUAGUUGACUGAUUAAAAAACCAAAACAGCGAGACCCACACUAUGUUGAAAAUAUUGGGGUGUCAUAAUUAAGAAUAUUCAUUUGAACACAGUUAAAUCCAGUGUGUACAGUUAUGAUGUGUUUGGGGGUAAAGUGCUGCUGUGAUGUGAUUUUUGUUUCUUGAUUUCCAGUCCAGUUGAAGUUGAACAGGUUUGCAUUGAAGUGUGAGUAUCUACACUGUUCUAUGUUACUGUGCGUUUACACCAGUGGUCCUGUUUCUAUAUAUUUUUUAAAUAAACAUAAUUU